CUCGACUUGACAAAGUUGUUCCAUCUAUUGACUCUCCUACAUUCUGUGCUUGAGAAGUGCCAGGAAUUAUGCACGUCAUAAUCGUAGGCGCUGGCCCGUCGGGCCUCCUCCUCUCAUUACUCCUGGCAAAGGUCCCAGGUAUCAAUGUCACACUCCUCGAUUCCGCGUCAAAAGUUGAUGAUCGACCGAGAGCUGCUCACUAUGCCCCCUCCGCAAUCCGCGUCCUCGCCUCCGCCGGCGUCCUCCCAGACGUCCGCACCCGCGGUCUCAUCCCCGACCACAUGACCUGGCGCAACAUCCGCGGCGAAGCCAUAACCUCCAUCAGAAACGUCUCACAGCAUCCUCACAACCCUGAAGCUCUCACCGUUCUUCCCCUCGGUAUGCUAGGCGCCUUACUCGUCGAACAUAUAGAAAGACAUGAUAAUAUAGAAGUGAGAUGGGAUUCGAAUGUUGUUGAUGUGGUUAAUGGAGAGGGGAAAGUUUGGGCGGUUGUAAAGGGGGAGGAUGGAGUGGAGGAGAGGGUAGAGGGGGACUAUUUGGUGGGGUGUGAUGGGGCUAAUAGUCAGGUUAGGAGGACGCUUUUUGGGAGUGAGUUUCCGGGCAAGACGUGGGAUGCGCAGAUUGUGGCUACAAACGUCUACUAUCCAUUCGAGAAAUUCGGCUACGACGAUGUCAACUUCAUAAUAGACCCGGUAGACUACUACAUGGCCGCAAAAAUCACCACCGACGGCCUCUGGCGCGUCUCCUAUGGCGAAGACACAACCCUCACCCCCGAACAAGUAAUCGCCCACCAACCUGCCAAAUACGAACGCAUGCUCCCCGGCAACCCCAAACCCGGCUCCUACAAGCUCCUCAACGUCGGUCCCUACCGCAUCCACCAACGCUGCGCGCCCUCCUUCCGCGUGGGUCGUAUCCUCCUCGCCGCCGACGCCGCACACCUCUGCAACCCCUUCGGCGGACUCGGCCUCACAGGUGGACUCGUCGACGUUGGUGGGCUGGCGCAAUGUCUUGAGGGUAUCGCGAGGGGUGUUGCCGGGCAGGAGAUCCUGGAUAAGUAUGAUAGGGUGAGGAGGGAGAUUUGGGAGACGGUUAUUAAUCCUGUUAGUAGCGAUAAUUUCUUGAGGGUUAGUGCGACGGAUCCGAGUAAGGCGUUGACGGAAGAUCCGUUUUUGAUGAUGGUUGAGGAGGCAGGGAAGGAUGAGGAGAAGAGGAGGGUGUUUGAUCAGGGGGUUUAUGCGAUUUGUCAUGACUUCACGCAGUAUUGGAGGAAUGAGGAGGUGAAUGGGAAUGUUGGGCAGGAGGAGGCGAGGUUGUGAGGUGGUGAAAUGUUGAUGCUUGUGGAUUUGGCGAGAUUGCAGUGGGGAGCCAUCAAAGUGGGGAAUACCUAGGUAAUUGCUAUGUAGUUAUUAGUGAACCACUCCAAAGAACUUUAAGACCUCUUGGUCACUUCAGUCACUGGAAA